AUGUCUUCUAAUACAGUAACAUCCGUUGGUGACAUAACCGAAGCUCUUCCACCUCAAGUAUUUGUUGGAAUCAAUAGAACCUAUGCCGCCAUGUGGUACUGCUUUGUAUGCUUGUUUUCGAUCAUGCUCCACACGAUUUUUAUAACGUUUCUCGGCUCCCUCGUCUUCAGUGUACACUUCACAGUGGCCUGGAUAAACUUUGCAAUAGCCAUCCAUCGUUUGCUCUACUUGAUAUUCCCUUUGAGGGCUGGAAUAUACAUAAGCGUUUUCACUGCCAAGGUGAUCACCAUACUUAUUGGUAUAAUAUUUGUUGGUAUUGUGAUACUGCUCAACACGAAACUGAUUGGUGUCCGUUGGAUUGCCUCUUUAAUGAACUACGUAGCUAUGAAAAGUCGCAGUGUGCUACUUUUCGACGUGAGUGGUAAACAUCGUUGUCAACGCUAUCAUGCUUUUCACGAUAUGGAAAAGAAAGAUGUUUUCGUCUUCACGAAAUCAAGAGCUCAAAGUUACGAUACAGGCCUCGAAGGGUGCGAAAUCACUCUGCAAGCCCAUGUUCGUGACUCACAACCUUCUAAGGAGCUCAAGCGGAUUGAACUGCCUUGUCGUGCCAAGCUUCACCGAGCAUCGACCACGCUGGAUAAGUUGUUACGGCUAUAUUUCAUUCGUGGAUUCGAAUGA